AUGAGAGAGGACGAUGACGAGCGACGGCAGGUCGAGAUUGGGCUUGCGCCAUACCUUGGGCUACGCGCUCGUAUGUUCCUCUCCCUCUUUUCAGCACCUUUGAUAGCCCUCAUCUUCACCGCGACGCACCUUUUCAUUUCCUCCUCGUCCAUAGAUGGCAGUGUGACCCAAGCCAAGGAGAACCUGUUGGAUGUCUGUCAGGCGGCCGAAAAGCAGGCAAGCACGGUAGCCAGCCUGCCACACUGGGCAGCAGCUUCCAUGAACCAGCGUACUAGUGAGAUGGUCGUAGACACCGUGCAAGGAGUGGGCAGGGUUCUCACACUCGGCAUCACCGCAAUUGAGAACCUGCUGGUCUUCCUAGUGGAUGCCUACAGAUCGCUCUUCGCCUGCUUUAUUGAGCUCUUGGUCCGUGGGGCUCUCGCCCUCCUCAUAGCGGCCGUGAAGCUGCUCAACACCGCUGUCGAGGACGUAGCCUCUGGUAUUGAGACCGCCAUCAAGAGCUCGGUCACCGCCAUCAAUACGUUCUUGUCCACAAGUAUCGCAGCGCUCAACGACCUUCUGGCUGUCAUCGGCCAGUCCAUAACCGUACCAGUCGUUGCACAGCCGGAUCUGAGCGCCCUCAGCAACGUGACGCUGCCGUCUAGCUUCGAGAGUGCCUUGCUGAGCUUGAACAGUAGCUUGCCAACACUGGAGCAGCUGAGGACAGAGGUGAACGCGUUGAUUGAGACACCUUUCGAAUCGCUCAAGGCAGAUGUCAACAGCACCAUUGGAAACUUCACUUUCGACAGCUCUCUGCUGCCGGUCCCUACGCAGCAGUCUGUCACCUUCUGUGAUCAGCUCGACAUGUCUUCGCUUGACGACUUUGGACAAGCUCUUCGAAAGCUCCUCUACAUCCUCCUCGGCAUACUCGCUGCUGCUGUCCUUGUCUGCUUGGCCGUCCAGCUGAUCAAGGCAUGGUAUGCUUGGCGAUGUCUGAAUCAACACCUAGAGAGGAUCCAGUCAGCCUGGCAAGAUAUUGACCCUCGUAUGUCGAAGGAAGGUCACGGAAGCUUUGACGGCAAUUCCUCGCCUCUAUCUUCCUUUCUCUCCAAGUCGCAUCUCUUCACCCUCCUUUCCCUUUCUCAGCACCCUCUGCUCUCUUCCUUUUCCUUCCGAGCGGGCGAUAAGCUAGGCCUGAAGAGCGCAAGAGCACAGAAUCACCUGCGCUGGUGGCUGGCGUUUGUGAGUCACCCUAUGGCGGUCGGCAUACUGGCACUUGGCUUGUCCGGUCUUGCGGCCACACAGGUGCAACUGUGGGCAUUGGAUCCAGUCCAGGAGCACUUCCAGAGCUCCUUCGACCUGUCUCUGACAAGCUUCGCCGACGGCGCGAUUGCACAGGUCAACAAUCUUACUACGCAGGCUUCGGAAGACUAUGCCAACAGGACCAAUGCCCUCAUUCUAUCGGCUCAGGCUGAAAUCAACAAUAACCUCUUCGCCUGGGUCAACACCACUACAGCAACCAUGAACUCUUCCAUCAACGCUCUCCAGUCGGGCCUGAGCGAGGCUAUGAAUAGCACCUUUGCCUCGACGCCCCUCUACGAUUCGAUCGAGACCUUCCUCCAGUGUGCCAUCUUCAACAAGCUGGAAGCAGUCGAGGAGGCUCUGGACUGGAUCUCAUCGAAUGCGGUGGUCAGCUUCUCCACGGUCCCUCUUGACGUUCUGGCUCUGUCCAGCAAUAGUAGUCAGGAGCUGGCCGAUGUGAUCACCGGGGGCUCAGAUGGCGACAGUGGCGCAGCUGCUAUCUUCUCAAAGAUCUCGAAGGAGUACCGCGAGAAGCUGGAGGUCGAACGCAUCAUGUUUGGUGUUCUCUUGGCCCUAUACGGGACUCUAGUGCUGAUAGGAACUCUGAUGGCGGUUCUGGCAGGUCACGGUCAUCGAUGGAAGAGUUCGACCGCCUUGCCCUCUACAUCUUGGGCACAAGACAGGGCAGAGGGGGAAUAUAUGGAGCAAGAAGGCAAUUAUGCGAGGAGUGCAGAUGAGGAAUACCGGAGGCAGGAGAAAGGAGGCCCGUCGGGAGAUGGUGAUGAGCUAGACAGCAGAAGCCAUCACAGCAACAAUUCGCGUGCUUCGAAACGCUACUCUCCAGUUGAGGACUAUGACCUGUCAGAAGAUCAGCGCCAGAUGCGUUGGGCCAUAUAG